AUGUCGGUUCUUGGAUUCGACAUUGGUAAUCUGAAUUGCUACAUUGGCGUUGCGCGUCAAGGAGGAAUCGAAGUCAUCACAAAUGAUUAUUCAUUGCAUGCAACACCGUGAGUUAUUUUUUUAGUUCAAAAAAUUUCGUAAUUUUAGAAAAAAUUUUUUUUUGUGAAUUAUUUUCAGAGCCUGCGUUUCCUUCGGAUCUCGCGAUCGUUCAAUGGGAGUUGCAGCUCGUCAAGCUGUCAACACCAAUCUCAAAAACACCAUCAUUAAUUUCAAGCACUUGAUCGGACGUAAAUUCUCUGAUCCAAUUGCUCAAAAAUUCAUCCCAUUUGUUCCAUGCAAAGUUGUUCAAUUGGCCAAUGAUGAGAUCGGACUUCAGGUAUGUUUUUUUUACAAAAAUGUUUUUCAGCAAAUAACUAUAAAAAUAUUUCUAGGUCAACUACUUGGACAACCAAACCACCUUCACACCAGAACAAGUUUUCGCCGCAUUGCUCACCAAAUUGCGUACAACUGUCGAAAGUCAAUUAUCUGACGUCAAAAAAGUAUCUGACUGCGUUGUCGGAGUUCCAGCUUACUUCACUGAUGUUCAACGUCGCGCAGUUCAAGCCGCAAUCCAAUAUUCUGGAUUGAAUGCUCUUAGAAUUGUCAACGAAACAACUGCAAUUGCUUUGGCUUACGGUAUUUACAAACAAGAUUUGCCAGAAGAAGGAACCAAAGCCAAACAUGUUGUUUUCUUGGAUAUUGGACACGCUUCCACACAAGCUUCAUUGGUUGCUUUCAACAAGGGAAAACUUACCGUGAGUUGGAUUUUUUGUUUUGUUUUUGUUCGAAAUGAUAGUUUGUUAAUUAAUGUUUUUAGAUGCUCAAAACUUCCUAUGACUUGGAAUCUGGAGGUUUGUGGUUUGAUGCCUUGAUCCGUGAACAUUUCAAGAAUGAAUUCAAAACCAAAUAUGGAAUUGAUGCCUCAACAUCUCCACGGCCAUGGCUUCGUCUUCUUGAUGAAUGUGAAAAAGUCAAGAAACAAAUGUCUGCAAAUCAAACACCCAUUCCAAUUAACAUCGAAUGUUUCAUGGAAGACAAAGAUGUUUCUGGAAAAAUGCAAAGACAAGAAUUCGAAGACUUGGCUGCUCCAAUUUUCGCAAGAAUCAGACAAACACUUGUUUCACUUUUCGAAGGAAUCGAUGUCAAACCAGAAGAUGUUGACGAAAUCGAAAUUGUCGGAGGAUCUUCAAGAAUUCCAAUGAUCCGCAAAAUCGUUAAUGAUUUGUUCGCAAAAGAUCCAAAAACAACAAUGAAUCAAGAUGAAGCUGUUGCUCGCGGAGCCGCUAUGCAAUGCGCCAUUUUGUCGCCAACAUUCAGAGUUCGUGAAUUCUCGAUCAAGGAUUCUCAACCAUAUCGCAUCAAGAUUACAUGGAGUGGCGGAGCUGCUGAAGGAGGGUGAGUUAUUUAUUUGAUUUUUUGUGCGAAAUUUUUUUCAUUUAAAAAAGUUGAUCGAAAAAAAGUGCGAGAAUGUGUUCAGGUAUGAUCAUUUCGCCGGCAAUGCUGGCCGUUCGCCGUUUCAAAAACGGCAACGGCAGCCGCUGCCGUUUUGAAAAAACAACACUAAACAGCUUGCCGCGGCUGCCGUGCCAAAAUGCCGGCUUUGCCGUUUUGCUAAUUCAGUAAUUUCUAUGGAAAUUAUAUGUUUUCUCACUUUCUUUUCAGUUUUCAGACUACUGUGUUCAAUCAAAUACGCAACAAACACCAGAAAUGACGAACAAACGCAGAGAUGA